AAAAAAAGGAAAAGAAUUUAAAAAUAAAAUUUUUGCUGAUUGGGUGGUUUUAAUGACCUUGAAUUCAAAGGACGGCGGGACUGCAGGCGUCUCUCUCGUUCACCUGACAGCAAUCUCUGUCUCUGGGCAAUUCGAUGCUUAGACCUUUAAAGACCUCCUCCGUGUGAUACUUUCUUAGUCUGGAGAAGGUUGCCGAAGGAAGUGUCAUAUGUCCUCUCUUCUCCGAAAUGCACGUGAACUGUUCGUGAAAAUUCCCAAAAGGAUUUCUCUUUUCCGAACCUCAACACGCGCCUUACUUCACAACUCGUCAUGGCAAAACCACUCUUCUCUUCAAGAACUAGAUGUUUCUGUGGAAGACGAAAAUGUGGUGUCGUGGACGGCGCAAAUAUCCCAUUUGGAGAGGGAAAACCAGCCAGAGCAAGCAAUUGGGCUCUUCAAAACAAUGCUUAUGAGGGAUCAAAAACCAAAUUUUGUCACGGUUUUGAGCGUUAUACGAGCAAUUGGUCAAUUGGGUUCCAAAAACAUGGCUAGUAUGAUUCAUGGUUUCGCCAUAAAAUUGGGAUGUGAUUCAGAACUACCCUUAGUAACGGGACUCCUCGGGGCUUACUCUUCUGGUUGGGAUAUUGGAGCUGUUAGGAUACUGUUUGCUCUGACCCCAAACAAAGAUGUAAUUUUAUGGAGUGCAAUGGUUUCGGCGUGUGUAAAGAAUGAGGAGUAUGUGGAGGCCUUGAAUAUUUUUAGAAAAAUGCAAAGUUGCGGUGUGCAACCAAACCGUGUGAGCAUUGUUACUGUGCUUCCCGCAUGCGCUAAUCUUGGUACUUUGUGGUUAGGGAAAGAAAUUCAUGGUUUUUCUAUUAAAAGAGACUUCUAUUCUCAUAUUAAUCUGCAGAAUUCACUUGUCGAUAUGUACGCAAAGUGCAGACUUUGGAGUUACUCAGUGCAAGUUUCCAGCAGCAUGCAAACAAAGGAUGUUGUUUCUUGGAGGAGUAUGAUAUGCGGAUCUAUCACGAAUGAAAGUCCAGCAAGGACUUUGAUUUUGUUCUCGCAGAUGCGAUCUUCUUGUGUUGAAGUUGAUGUCAAUACUGUUCGUGUAAUAAUAGUAGCAUCUUCACAGUUGGAGGAGAUUAAAGUUGGACUUGGACUACAUGGACUUGCUCUGAAGAUGGGAUACGUGGAAGACAUAUCGCUCAUGACUGCAAUUCUUCAAAUGUAUGCUAACUUUGGGGAAAUUGGGUCAGCAAAGACCUUGUUUGAUUACCUAGACAAUAAAGAUCUUAUUGCUUGGAGUGCGAUGAUCGCAGCUUAUGUCCAAAAUGAACAACCUUUUGAUGCUUUCAAAGUGUAUAGACAGAUGCAAUCAGCUGGUGAGAAGCCUAAUGAGGUCACUUUUCUUAGUUUACUGCAAUCUUGCUCCUCCAUGACAGCUCAGGAAAUUGGAGAAAGUAUACAUGCAUAUCUCUUAAAGGCUGGAUAUAUGUUGAAUGCAUUUGUGACAUCUGCAUUAAUCGACAUGUAUUGUAAGUUUGGAAGAACAAGGCAAGGAGUGGCUCUUUUUGAUGAAAAUCAUAGCAGAGAUCUUGUAUGUUGGAGCUCGAUGAUCAAUGGAUAUGGGAUUAAUGGAUUGGGAGAGGAGGCUCUUCAUUGCUUUUCAAACAUGUUGCAUUGUGGAGUAAAGCCCAAUGAUGUGGUUUUCAUUUCUCUUCUGGCUGCUUGUAGCCAUUGUGGCCUUGAAUAUGAGGGUUGGAGCUGGUUUUAUGCAAUGGGAGAGAAAUUUGGCAUAACUCCAAAACUUGCACAUUAUGCCUGCAUGGUGGAUAUGCUUAGUCGUCAAGGGAACGUUGAAGAAGCUUUUGAAUUCGUGAAGAAGAUGCCCAUCAAUCCUGAUAAACGGAUAUGGGGAGCAAUUCUUGCUGGCUGUAGAGAAACUUGUGGAUCUUCUGAAGUAUCAGAAAUAGCAGCCAGGCAACUUCUUAGUUUGGACCCGGAGAAUGCCAGUUAUCAUGUAUUUCUAUCGAACUUAUAUGCAGAACAAGGCAGGUGGAAAGAGGCAGCAAAGUUGAGAGAAUUGGUGGAUUCAAGGGGAUUGAAGAAAGAGAUCGGUCAUAGUAUGAUUUAAUGCACAUACAUACUGAUGGAGGUGAUCAAGUCCAGACCUCUGAAUUGCACAGGAUACAUAUACAUUAUAGGGAAACCAACCUACUAUGUAAUUCUUGAGUGCAGAGAUCAAGUUCACCAAAGUAAAACAUCUAGAGGUACAAUUUUCUGUGCUGCAGGUCACGAAGAAGUUUUCUGGAACGAAAAAUUUACAUUUGACUUGCCAGAGCGGGGAACGGACGACGAGAUCUACCUCAAACUUAAAAUCAUGGAUGAAGAAUUUUUCUCACGUGGUGCAUUUGUAGGCCAAACAACGUACAGAAAAUUCAACUGCCUGGAAAACAAUUUCCUAAAAUUUUGCACUCUACCCCAUGAUUCUCAUUAGUUCUUCUUUUUAAGCUUCUCUUGUUUCAACAAUGACCAAGUUAAAUCAAUAUAACUUUCCAAGUCUAUGUUAUAUUGCACCAUGAGGAAAAAAUGAUUAUACCAUCAGAAACUACUAAAUUAUAUGUAUUACUAAGUCAUCCUAUUUUGCAUACCACAUGUAGUGACCUGUUAAUUAUAUGUGCUAAUUUGCUGUUCUUUAGUAUCUUCCUCAAAGGUAUAAUCGUGGAGGGGAAAGACAAAGGAAUCAUAGAAGUGAAACCAGCUCCAUACAAUGUUGUUCUUGAUGAUGACACUUUUAAAGGGCAGAUAAGUAUCGGACUCAAAUACUCUGCAAAUGCUGCAAAUCCUAAAAUACAACAAAUAGAGAGAAGGCAAGGUGAAGCGGAUGAGAAUGGAGAGAAGGGAUCAGUUGGCCUCUCCAUAUGCAGUUCUAUAGCAACUUUCUGGCGAAAUCCCUGGUGGAGGUUCUUGUUUCGCUCUAAGAAGUCAAAAUCCAGAGAGAAACAGAAGCGAAACUAAUUAGGGCGUUGCCAUGCUUUGGAAUCCAGCUUAAUCAUGUGAUGCACCAAGUCAAGGAGAAAAUUAUACACGCUAAACUCCUAAAGGAUCUGAUUUUGUGUCCAUGUUUUAGAUCCAUUAACAAUCAGAUCAGCUAAUGCUUUCCUCAGGAGGGGAAAAAAUUUGCUAAG